AUGUCGCAGCCGGACUUCAAGGGCACGAACAGGCGCUGGCUCAUAGGACUGAAGGACGGAAAUUUCUGGGACGAUGGCGUUCAUGACUAUGCCGAUCUCUCAUGGGAUGUGGUCGAUGUGCUGACAAACAAAAUCGCCAACGUCUUCAAGGACUACUGUGAAACGAAUCCUGUGACAGCAACGACGUCCCAACUAACGGAGCUUAUCAAUGCAACGUGUCCAAGGCUCAUCGUCACUGUGGACGCAUUUUGGCAAGGACAUGAUCUUAUUGAAAUCAAAAAACAACUGGAUGACGCUGUCAACAAGGCGCAGGUAACGUCAAUCAAACGAAUCCUAGUCAUUCGUCAUACAUCACCGAAUAAAGGCGUGCCCCCACCGGACGAGAUGUAUCCUGGUAGACGGCCUACAAAAAAAUUUCGUUUGAUCUUAACGACGACAUUGACGUGGAGUGGAGAAAAGAAAUCAUCAAAGCAAAUACUCAGUGCGCUCCUGUAUGGCUAG